AUGAGUUCUUCCAAGGCCUUACAAGCUGGAUCUUCUUUCUCGCUCUGGUCCUCUUCUUCUUCUUCCAUCCAUCCAUGGACUCAUGAUGUAUUCUUGAGUUUUAGAGGUGAUGAUGUUCGCCAAAAAUUUAUUUCUCAUCUAUACGCUGCUUUGCAUAAAAGGGGAAUCAACACUUACAUAGAUAACAAUCUCAAAAAAGGAGAGGAGAUUUCGCCAGAACUUCUCAAAGCAAUUGAUGGAUCAAUGAUUUCUAUCGUUGUUUUCUCUAAGAACUAUUCUGAUUCCAGAUGGUGUUUAGAUGAGCUAUUGAAGAUCAUUGAGGGUAAGGAAACGGUGAAACAAAUUGUUUUACCCCUGUUUUAUGAUGUAGAUCCAUCAGAUGUACGACAUCAAAAAAGAAGUUUUGGAGAAGCAUUCACUAGAGUUGAAUAUAAGUUCAAGGCUGAUAAAGUAAAGCUUAUAGAGUGGAAGGCAGCUUUAGAAAAAGUAGCCAAUUUGUCCGGAUUCGUAUUAGGGGAAAGCGAAUUCCACCUAAGAAAGGCUCACGUCCCACUGCUUCGGUUUGUCUCCAGACAUGCAACACAACAUAUUGCCAAGCGUCCUGUUGGCCACUUCAGUUUGGCCGUCCGUUUGUGGGUGACAAGUGCUGCUAUAUUUAAGCGAGGUUCCGAACUUCCUCCACAAUGUGAUCCAAAAGUGGCUAAGGAAUUUGGUGUCCCUGUCAGAGGUGAUGGUUUUUGGGACGCCGUGUAG